CAGCUAACGGCUGAGCUUCUUGCCUGGUGGUCGACAACGAACUCCGGCCUCAUCUACCUUGCCGUCUCUCUGCCUCGUCUCCAACGGGGAGGAAAAAAAAAUUAGCGGGGAUUCAGAUGAGGCUCUAUCUCCGGCAAGCGGCGGCCGCGGCCACGGCCACCAGCUCCCCCCUGGCGGCCACCAUCCGCAAGGUAACCUCCCCGCCUCAACCGUUCUCCCUCUUGGCUCCACUGACCUGCCCACGAUUCUCUCCACAGAAUUCUCCAAGCUCCCUCACCCAUGGCCGGCUCGGCUUCAGCCACGCCCACACGUCGCUGCAGACGACGCCGAACCACCGCGGAAACCGACCAGGGUGGGCGGUGCGCGUGCUUCCCCUGACGGAGGAGAACGUGGAGAGGGUGCUGGACGAGGUGCGGCCGAGCCUGAUGGCGGACGGCGGCAACGUGGCGCUGCACGAGAUCGACGGCCUCGUCGUCGUGCUCAAGCUGCAGGGCGCCUGCGGCUCCUGCCCCAGCUCCACCAUGACGCUCAAGAUGGGCAUCGAGACGCGCCUCCGCGACAAGAUCCCCGACAUCCUCGAGGUCGAGCAGAUCGUCGACACCGAGACCGGCCUCGAGCUCAGCACCGACAACGUCGAGAAGGUACUUGAUGAGAUCAGACCAUACCUCUCCGGCACCGGAGGUGGAGGCCUCGAGCUGCUCCAGAUCGAUGGAUAUGUCGUCAAGAUUCGAAUCAGUGGACCUGCAGCUGGUGUAAUGACAGUUCGUGUAGCUGUGACACAAAAACUGAGGGAAAAGAUACCUUCUAUCAUGGCUGUUCAGCUCACGGAGUAGGAAACAUGAGUUCAUUUGUGCAUCAAUCAACAGAACGAAAUUCGGUUUUCCGGUGAAUGUUCGAUGCCAGUCUUAUACCUUUGAGUCAUUACACUGGAAUACAGAACCCAUAGCCAAAGGGAAUACAUAAUGUGGCUACUAUGCUAUUUCUACUA